CUGACUUAUUCUAUUGGUUUUAGAGACGAUGGCGGAAAUUCCACACCUGAACUGUCCGAAGUCAGCCCUCCGCCAACUUCCGCGACGCAACCAGCUCUUUCAGCGCCGCCAACGACCUCUUCUGCACCAGCAGCUACUACAUCUUCUUCCAGUACAUCUAUUACAUCUUCUCCCAGUACAUUCAUUACGUCCGAGCAAUCUGGCGUCUCCAGUAUCAUCCCGCCGACCAGUGGCUCUUCCGGCACAGACGUAGAAACCAGCAAUAUGCAUAUGCCCAGCGCCCCGAUCUCUCCCAGUUCGUCCAUUUCCGUAGGAACCUCCGGCCCGAGUCCUUCUCCCGGAGGCACCAAGUCUGCGUCAAUGCUAGUGUCGACCGUCAUCGAUACCGCAACGCCUUCCCCCACGUCUAACAGCCUGAUCGCGCCGAACCAUGCUCAUGGCCUUUCGGGCACAGUGCGCAACGUUGUGAUCUGCGUCGCGACCGCUAUACCUCUCACCAUUCUUGCUCUCAUCGUGCUUGCAUGCAGGGCUCGUCGGCGUCAACACGCCCUUGGCAGCUUUCCUCACCAUUCUGCUCUUCCAAACGACACCUCCGAAUAUCUCGAGCGUCUCGCAACGGUGAGCCAAGCAGAGUCGCCGCCCUACUGGGAACCCGCGCCAAGCUACUUCUCCACGUCCCACCGCGAGGAGCCGGCAGGUGCCUUCCAGCAGAUGCUGCGCGCACCAGAAAAGGCGGCAUACGUCCCGGCUGAAGGGACCUCCGGAUCAUCCUCGUGGAGGGGACACGUCACGGCCGGUGACGACAGAGGUGAAGGAGAGCGAUAUGCGAGAUCGGAAAUAGCAGAGAGCGCGCGCCCUGGGAGUAGUCUUGCGGCGGCGACUUCUCCACCAGUGUACGAAAGUGAGGCUGGGGGCACUCCGAUGCACGAGAGCGCGGUUGGAGCUGCUCUGUAGCGGCCUAUUCGGCAGGAGAACCCUGGUUCUGGGAGAUGUAUGAAGCCCUGUGGGACGAUGAAGGUUGGGAGGGCUCAAGGGCGUUCCAUAGAAGGACAUCAUGGUCGUGGCCUUACGCGCACAGCUGUGAUCUGCGUCGCAACUGCUGUCCCUAUCAUAGUACCCAUCCUCAUUGUGCUCACAUGCAAGACUCUUAGUCGUCGACGCUCUGCCAACAACUUUCUU